AUGAAGACGAUAGGUGGCGAGGAUGGGAUUAAAGCCUUUGCACAAUUUCAUAAUGUUGGCUACAUUCACCGAGUUUUAUAUUCUAGUGUUGAGACCGGUAUUACGGAUAUGUUGAGUGUGCACGAUGAGGUUGAUUUUGUGAAUGAAAAUAGGGAAACGACUACGGUAGAGGAAUUUGAUCUACAAUCGUUUACACGACGGAAACUCGUCGGCCGACUUGAAAGCAAAGAUCAAUACCAUGGCUGUGAUAAGAAUAAUUCUGGAACGGAAUUUGUAGUCUACAAUCGUUUACACGACGGAAACUCGUCGGCCGACUUGAAAGCAAAGAUCAAUACCAUGGCUAUGAUAAAAAGGCAAGAGAUUACGAGAAGAGAUAAUUAUAGAACGGAAUUUGUAGUCUACAAUCGUGUACACGACGGAAACUCGUCGGCCGACUUGAAAACAAAGAUCAAUACGAUAAGAAGACGAAAGGAGAGAUAA